CGCCCCCUCCCGCGGCCACGCCCCCUGUCUGCCCCCGGAGCGCCCAGGGCAGGUCCCCGCCGCUCGCCGGACACCCGCACCGCCGGCCGCACCAUGUCGUCGCCUCCCGAGGGGAAGCUGGAGACCAAAGCCGGACACCCGCCCGCCGUGAAAGCCGGGGGGAUGCGCAUCGUACAGAAGCACCCCCAUUCUGGAGACGCCAAGGAGGAGAAGGACGACCAGGAAUGGGAGAGCCCCAGCCCUCCCAAGCCCACCGUGUUCAUCUCCGGAGUCAUCGCCCGGGGUGACAAAGACUUCCCCCCAGCGGCCGCCCAAGUGGCCCACCAGAAGCCCCACGCCUCCAUGGACAAGCACCCCUCCCCGAGACCCCAGAACAUUCAGCAGCCUCGCAAGUGAGGGGCCCUGGCUGGACCCCCCUCUGCCAGGCCCCCAGGAAGAGAGCCAGCAGGUGCGGCCAGCAGAGGGCGCUCCAGGACAGAGACCAAGCCCAGCACCCUCCCUCACCUUCUGCUUCCUGGCGCCACAUAGAAUCG